AAAGAUAAAGACAUUGGCGGAUCGUGCAUUUGAAUCAGUAAAUGAAUUGGAAUUGGCAGUUGGAAGCGAAGAAACUAAUAAUAAAGAAAUGUAUACGAUAUUGUAUAUUGUAAAAUUCGUGCAUUCUUAUUGGUCGAUUCAGCUCUGA